UGAUGAUGUCAUGAUGACGUUGUGUGUCUUUCAGAGGGAGCGGGGCAACUGGAGGAUCCUGCUGAGCUCAGCAUUCAGGAGGACGUCCCUCCUGCUGUGGUACUCCUGGUUUGUGGCGUCCUUUUCGUACUACGGCUCGGUGCUGAGCAGCUCGGAGCUACUGGAAAAGAACCUGCUGUGUGUGACGGACGCAGACCGCCAUCAUCAGGUCAAACACCGCCACGAGGACGGACUCUGCUACUGCAUCCCCUUCCAAUUCAGCGACUACCAGACGCUGCUCAUCAGCUGCUUCGGCGAGGUAGCCCUGGUCCCCCUGAACAUCUGUCUGCUGAACGUGUUGGGACGGAAGAUGAGUCUGACCGUCCUGCAGCUGUCAGCCGCCGUCGUCUUCAUGCUGAUCAACAUCUGCUCCACCAUGUUCGGGUUCACGGUGCUCCUGUUCCUGCUGCGCUCGCUGGUCUCCAUGAACUUUAAUGUGGUUUAUAUUUACACUGCUGAGGUGUAUCCCACGGUGGCUCGCUCUCUGGGGAUGGGCUUCUGUACGUCCUUCAGUCGGAUCGGAGGGAUGAUCGCUCCGUUUAUCGCUCAGGUGCUGAUGUCUCAGUCGGUGAUUUUGGCGCUCAGUCCGUUCGCAGUGGCGUGUGUGAUCUGCGCUUUAGGAAACUUUUUGCUGCCGAUAGAAACCCGAGGACGAGCUCUGCUGGUGAGGAACGUUUUCUGUUUACUCUUUGUUUACCUCCUGUUGUUAUUUAUCUCUGUUUACUCUGUGUUUACCUCCUGUUGUUAUUUA